AUGUCAUCCUCUAUUCCACAGCCUCCUGGCCUGCCUUUUAUAGGGAAUGUUCUCGACAUCAACUCGAAUGACACCUGGGGUUCAUUGAAAAAGCUUGCCGAUAAAUAUGGACCCAUUUUCAAGAUCAACGUCCUUGGAAAACAGAUCGUUAUAGUUGCAAAUGCCGCUCUUGCCGAAGAAGUAUGCGAUGUGAAACGCUUUCGGAAAUACACGCAGGCUCCUCUCAUCUUAGAAUUGCGUAAAACCGUCCACGACGGCCUCAUCAGCGCCCAUGACGACGAGCCCAACUGGGGGAUAUCUCAUCGGAUCAUGGCGCCCUUUGUCAGUCCGUCGUAUGACGAGACAAGGGUCACGGACAUACAAGAUGUGGCAUCAGAUCUCACUAAGAAGUGGACAUCAAACCCAUCUCAACGUGUCGAUCUCACAGCCGAUCUGCAACUUUUUGACAUGCAAGCAGUCAUAUAUGCCCUCUUUGGUCAGCGGUACAACCUCGUGAAUGGCCAAGGACCGCAUGUUGUAGAGUCGCUGGUCCGAAUUAGUUGGGAAAUUCUUAAGCGUUCCUCAAGACCAAAGCUGAUCAACUGGCUUUACUACGAUCGUGUAUACGCUGAAUAUAUUCGCGAGUUUCGCCAGAUUGGAUCUGACCUGAUUGCUGCGAAGAAAACGGAACAGAGUCCCAAACAAGAUCUGCUAUACGGUCUUCUCUUCAACAAAGAUCCUCAAACAGGUGAAUCACUUGAUGAGGAGAAAGUUAUUGACGCGAUACUCACCCUAUUGAUCGGCGCAAUUACAAACACUGGUCUCAUGUCGUCUGCACUAUACUACUUGAUUACGAAUUCAGAAAAAAUGGCCAAAGCCCGCGAAGAAAUUGACCGCGUUGUGGGUACCAAACCCAGAAUAGCUGUUGAUGAUCUGUCCCGGUUACCAUAUCUCGAAGCCAUCUUAAGAGAGACCGUACGCCUGUCUGCACCCGCCCCUGGGUUUAUUGUCCAGCCUGUACCAUCAGACAGUCCGGCAAAUAUCCAACUUGCAGGUGGAAAAUACGAGAUAUCUGGAAAGCAGCCAGUGAUGGUAAUCCUGCAAGCUAUAAACCGCGAUCCAGCUGUUUUCACGGACCCAGAGGCCUUCCAACCAGAACGGAUGCUCGGCGAAGCGUACGAAAAAUUACCACCUGGAGCCAGGAAGGGAUGGGGGAAUGGUAAACGCCGUUGCUUCGCUCCGAGAUUUGCCUGGCAUUUAUCAAUGAUUACCCUGAUUUAUGUGCUGAGGAGUGUAGACCUCCGGAUAGCAGAUGAGAACUACGAACUGAGAUACGCUGGAAAAGAGCUGGUCUCAAGCAUUCAGGCACCAGUAGGCUUGUUUGUUACGGUUGGACCUCGGAUGAGCUCAGAAAAUGAUAAAUGA